AUGUUGCAGCCACCUGCUGAACCGCUAUCGAGGCCGCUGAGUAUCCGCACCACGGGUACCUCCGCGACCGCCCAGGACAGGACGGGAGAGACGUGGACCAUGAGUGUGAACAAGGAAAACUGCUGGGAGGAUCUGAUUUUGACGCUAGAUGGCGGUGGCAUUCGCGGCUACUCCAGCCUGCUCAUCAUCCAACGGCUCAUGCAUGAAGUCGCCGAGUGCGAACGUCGGCUACAAAGGGAAGAAGGUCCUGUGCCUGGGAGCCAACGGACAGAGUUCAUCGAGGACGAACUGCUGCCAUGUCACUACUUCGACUACAUGUAUGGAACAAGCACAGGCGGCCUCAUAUCCGUCAUGCUGGCCCGACUCCGAAUGACUGUCCCACAAUGUCUCGAACUGUACCGCAAAGUUGGGCAGGAGCUCUUUGGCCAUCGCAGAAACGUUCUUCCCCUGGCAACAAAAUACGACCACAAGCCUCUCGAGCGAGCAGUUCAAGAUAUUGUGAGCCAAUACUGCAAACUCCACGAAGACUGUGACGGCCUAGACAUGCACCCCUGGUCCAACGACCCAGAAAGCCCCGUUGCCGAAUCUCUUCCUCCCUCCCUCGAGUCGUCAGCUUGGUCGCGUGCAUCUGUACCAGCCAGACCAACACCACGCAUCUGUCAAUCCAUCUGCCUGACCGCAACCCAUUCCGGGCAAAUCGAUGAGGCAUACCUCCUCCGCUCUUACAACCAUGUCUACAACCCUCAGAUUGCCCCAGCAUGGGUCACACCCUACAACACGGGCGCCGAUGCUCUCAAGAUUUGGCAGGUGACCCGUGCCACCUCCGCCGCGCCCUUCUACUUCUCCAUGCUCGUUGCCGACGUGGGCCACAACCGUGGGAAACUCGGGUUCAAGGAUGGGGGAAUCCGCGAGAACAACCCCUCGUAUGCUGCCUACUCUGAACAUGCAUCCCUCAAAGGCGAUGAGCAUGACCCCGCGCUCCUCCUCUCCAUUGGCACUGGCAGACCAGACACAAGCAACGAUGGCUUCGCGGCAGUCUGGCCGGGUCCGCUAGGCCAGGUCAAAGUCCUGCAAAAAUGGAGUGAAAAGUUCGCCGUGUUCAAAAACGUGCUGAUCAAGUACACCGAAGGCGAAGACCGCCACAAGAUGAUGCGCACCAUUGCCCGGGGCGAACACCGUUGGUACAAACGUCUCAACGUCGACAAAGGGCUUCAAAACCUGCCCUUGGACAACUGGGAAAGGGGGCCCUGGACGAAUCCCACCACGCAAGAACGUAAAACAGUGCCAGGCGGGAAGACGCUGAGUCUGAUGGAAGACGCUACAGCAGCUUACCUUGCGCGGACGGAGCUCAACGAGGCGUUGAAGGAGUACGCGCCACCACAGGUCGUGUUGAAGCAGGUUGCUGAGCGACUAGUGCGGCACCGGCGGCUGAGGGAGGAGACGAAGAUGGUGGAUUUGAAGAGGUGGCAGACACACAUGGGACAGUGGUUGACGGGCGAACUCGGUCCAGAAGACGGCAUGAGGGUUCCUACGCCACCAGCGCACAAAAAGGCUACAAAAACGAAGAUUCGACCUAUGACGCCGGGGAGGACGAGCGGUGAUGCGGUCAAGUAG